AGAUAAGGCAGUGGACUGCUUGGAUUGUCUCUCCGCUCGCUACUGAAGAAGCACGAGCAAGUCUAUACUCGUCAGAGCCUACAAUCACGGAUGAUGCAUAGAGCGUACCGGUAUAUCGCAUUCAUACGUCGCCGUCCAUCUUCGCCUCCUAGACCGGCCCACCGCAGCCUGGGGACGGGUAUGCCUUCCUACAGUAUUUGCCCUCUUCUUUUGCCAUGUCGGUGCUCACUUGGCGCAUCCAAAAUUGCGCGUUCCGUCCUUCGACCUCUCACUUCCUCGCCCCGCCCCCUCGCCCUCGUACCCCCUUUACCGCACCUACGCGAACACGCAAUGGAUCUCCUUCGUGAUGCGCAUCCAGUCCCACUUCUCUCCUGCACUCGACUCGUACUCGUUCCCCCUUCCUUCCACGGUUCUCCCGCCCCAACCCCUCCUCUUCCCCUGCGCACCACCAUCCAUCCUCCCUUCUCUCACCCAUCCCCCGCUUCUUCGCCUCACCCCGGACCCCUUCGUCGCAUCCCUCGCGUCUUUCUCUCCACGCAUCCAUUCCAUCUUCCCACGCACCACGCACCUUCUCACCUGAGACCCUCUCAUACUCAACCCCACCCGUGGUUUCUGUUGAAACCCUCUCUCCGAGUCGGCCCACGCCGCGCCUUCACCUCCGUCUGCGCCUGCGCCUCCUCUCCUCUACAUUCGCCGCAACGACCCUCACCUCUUCGUCCCUCGCUUUUGUGGCCUUCUACAUCCCUCUCAGCCGCACCCCACGGCAUCGCGCACGAGCCUCUACACCCCUCGCGCCCCCUCUUCCCCUCCCACUCGUCGUCCUCUUUCUUCCCCUCGCGCCCCCCCUUUCGCCACUCUCUCCUCCCCGCCCUCGCGCACCGUUCAAAAACACUCUCCCCGCUCCGAGUGCCGCGCCUUCCUCGCUCCUCGCAAGCGUACGUCGCUCGUCGCACCUCCGCAAGCGUACGUCGCUCGUCGCACCUCCGCAAGCGUUCACAGCCUCCGUCCUCCCUUGCGCCCUCAAAAGCAUACGCUUCGCUGCGCUCCUUUAUACGUCUCACAUUCGAGUAUUAGUUGGGUUUGGGAAGGUGGAUGAGGAAGGAAGGGAGGGAAGAGGAUGAAGAAAGGGUGGGGGAAGGGAGGGCGAAGGGAGUGGGUAUGGGAAGAAUCUGACGCGCGGCCAGAUUGAACUAGGGGCACGUGG